AAUGAGUGUCACGCAUCAAAGGUGUCCUUGUCCCACCAGCUGUCACUCAAGCGAAAGCCCAGCUGACAACACGUUGGACAGGUCAAAUGUAGCGGCGAAAGAACAGGUUGCCAGCGAUGCAUCAGCGCCGGUAUGUGAUAUGUGUUCUUCAGAACUCAAUACAGCCUCUUACUGACCACUUUUAGGACAUGACUGUCAGUUUGAAGUCUCCAUGGUUGGACGGUGCUCUAAGGGACGCCGACGCCGCAAGCGUGGCCCGGACUCAAGCCCGAUGGCUACGGAACGGACAAGCGCCACAGACCCGGGUGGUUUAGGGAAUAGCAGCCAAACAAGCGCCUUCCGACCUUUUCCAGUAUCUGCAGACUCAUCUACCGGCGUGGACCGUGUCCCCAUCGACCUAAACCUCACCCCACUUCUCAAUUGGGACUCUGGCACCGGGCCUGAUCUCGCUGGACCAUGUACCGACGAGGAUAGUAACAUCUUGUUUGCUGACCGCAACGCGUCAACGACGGAUGAUGCCUUCAGAGAUGCUCUGAACCAGCCUGAUAUCUCGAGUCUAACUGAAGACUACACUUCAGGGUUGCAUAUGGCCUUUACCGCAUCCUCCGCUAUUGAUCAUGUCCAUACAACGCUUCCCCAUACAUCCUAUACAACUAUGGCAAGCACAGCGACUCAACACACCUCCGAAAAUAUAGUGCAACGACAGACGACUAGAGUCCCAGGCAGUUCCGACAAGCAAACUGGCAUUAGCAUUCUCUUUAAUGUUAUGACAAACCUGGAGGCUGAAAUCGGCGACCCUGGCUCUAGCAUUGACAAGAUCAUGUAUACCGUAAAAACAAGCACCAAAGAGGUUCAGCGUGUGAUACAGUCUAGACAGCGACAACUAGCUGUAAUUGGUCCGAUGCUAGCGCUUGUUGCCAUUGAGGUCGCACUAAUUCUGAUCGAACACAUUAUCUCUCGAUACAGCAGCAGCAAAAAUACGAGCCUUAAUAAUUAUUCCAUAAGUGACCAGCAAAAUCCACGCGCCCUAUUACUUGGUCAAUAUAGGGCUGAAAGCGAGGAGGCCGCUAUCAUCUGGAGACAUAUUACAAUAGUUGAGCUUCAACGCUUACAUAGGCUAAUUGAAGUACUCAGGAUCUAUCUUGAUGACUCGAGUCGCUGUCAGAAUAGCCAGCGACCGGUAGAUCGUCUAAAAAGCUCCUGCGCUUACCAAGAACAGAAGAUAGCAUUACUACUCGCUACUUUGCAGAGGCACGAGGAGAUAGUCGAGGAAGGGACCGGCUCCAUGCUCUAGAAGAAAAGGAUGAAGAAGGUCAGCCAGGAAAUUGUGGCCCCAUGACGCUUCUACUUAGACAAGAGCUUCUGCUGCGUUUUAAUAACACAGCCAGAGUUCUCAUCGCAAAUUACAUUGGAUUCUAUCCUUCAGUCGGGUUUACUGAUUUGCGGGCCCUGUGAUCAUUUAGUGUUAUUGUUAUGUUUGGUUUCGAGUUUACAGGCAAGCUGGAAGCUUGCUGAUUUGUUGCCUCUUAGACAGGUGAGCAGAACCUGUGAUAACGAACGAUCUUCUCCUAGAUGCAAUGAUAGCCGUUCCUAUCUACCAAUAUCUCUCGCAAUUAGUACUGGGUGCGUAAUAGUUCGGACUUUGCCUGGCUCUAAGGCAA